GAUAUUUUUGUAUUGUGGAGAAAGUACUAUAAUGUCGGACUUUGUAAGGCUGUUUGGGUGAAAUUUAAGCGCUUUCCCGCUUGUUUUUAACAAAAGGAAGUUCAACUUUGAAGUAGAACAGUCCUUGGACAUUAUUCUUCGACGUUUGACAGUUACCCUAGGCAGGAACUACGAUUAAAUUGUAUGUAUUGAAGUUAUAUUGAAGUGAUUCGUAGCCAAAAUGAUGACCAACGACAAUUAUUCGACACCAAAAAAAUAUAAAGUAGAGGCAGCAGCGGGCUGUUUAUACGACAAAGAAAAUAAUUUAACAGACACUGCAGCUUAUAUACAGGGCAAUACAGCCUUAGCGUUCGAAGACACAGACAUGUCGAAGACAGAAAACGCGAACGAAAACACGACUGCGCGGCGAAGUCGAACAAGACGGAGUAGGGAUCAAAUUGCAGACGAGUCUCCGCGAAAUAGCGAAGAAUUACAAGUUGAAGGUGCAACGGCACAGGCUGAAAAACCUAAGAGCUCAAAGAAGGAGAAACCCUCGGGUAAAAAACGAAAAGAUCGGAAAAAUUUAAGAGAAAAGCGGCGGUCCACCGGUGUCGUUAUAAUGCCUGGGUUAGGUAAUGACGAGCAAGCUGAUGAGGCUAAACAAACAAUGGAAAACACAAAGAUGAAUGAAAGUAUUGGAACUGAAGAGUACUCGCCAAGCCCUAGUGAGGUUUCAACAUCAUCAACACCCAGCAGGUCUAGUAGACUAGCACGUGAUGAUGUUGAUGUAGAUCGCCAGGAAAAACAAGAUUUAUUAGAUAGAAUAGAAAAACUAGAAAAAGCCUUGGAACAAAAAACGAAGGAAGUGGAAACUUUAGAAAAAGAAAAGGAAGCACUUCUUCGCGUUGUCCAGCAGGUUAAGAGUCUACAGAUUAAGUGAUGAUUUUGUAAAGUAUAUAUAUUGACACGAUGUGAGAAGCCGUGUCCCGGUUCUGGCUAACUGAACACGGCUAAUGAUAGAUUGCAUAUUUUUAUAUGAUUUUGUAUUUGACCGGAGUUUACCAGCGAAGCCGUUGGUGCCUAUGACUGAAUGUUGCUGUUUUUAAGCAAUCGCGAUAGUUUGAUACGACAAAUCGUGUAUCUUUUAUCACGUUUUGGUGCAAAUGGGGGUUGGGAUAUUCAGACAAACUUAUUUUACUUCAAAACUUGUAAUUUUUGCGACAAAUUUUAGCAAGCCAAUAGUGUUUUCUAAAUUGUUACGAGGAUCAUUGCAAUGGGUCCCAUCUUUGAAUUUUUCUAUUAAGAACGUUUUGCCCAAACUCAACUUUUGAGAAACUCGACUUUACUGCAGCUGAUUCACACAAAAUUUGCUACAUAACCCGAUAACUUAUAGUUCGAGAAUCCGGCUACAUUCUGGGCCAGUUGUUCAUAGUGCAAUACUUUUAAUCAAUGCAAAUCAAAUUUUUCAGAAUUCUUUUAAAGUUUUAUAAAUGAGAUAUUUCAAAGUAUAUUAUUCCAUGGCAAUGCAAAAAUACGCGAACAAAGACAGUAGGUUAAAAUGUAAACAACCAGCCUCAGAGGCUAUAGAUUUCCAAUGUGAAGAAGCACCGCUGUUAAACGUCUGCGCAUGCGUGGUCUUUUCGUACACUGAUUUCAUAUCAACAAAGAAAAGUAUGGUCUAAGGAAAUCACAGGGCUCAGUAAACUUUCUUUCAACUCAGGAAGAUUCUCACAAAUUUACUUGCUUACUUGUUCAAUAGUUUUCUCAUUUUUUGUGUUUUUGUUCAAUUUUUGUAUACAAAUCACGUAUAAGUUUCCCACCCUUUCCUCGAAUCUCGCACAUGCGCGUGACGUUUGACCGACAAGUAUUUAUGGAAUUAGAACCUUUUUUCCACUAUGCGGAAUUUUGUGCGUAUAGUGAAAUAAAAAGUGAAGUAAAAUGAAAUAAAAUUAUAGUGAAGUAAAACUCAAAAUUCCGCCUAUUGGAAAAGAAGGAAUCUCUAGUGUGUUUGAGAGUUCUCAUUUGCUUGGAAGCUAAGUUGUUGCAAUUGUACACGGUGACAGCCAUAGAUAGAAGUUCUUCUUGGCUGUCUGGUCCGUUCAAUAAGAAUGGUUCAAAGUAAAACGAGAAUAUGGUCUGAAAAUCAGAAACCGUCAGAAAUGUCUAAAAGUUUCUCAAUUUAAUAAUUUCCGUAUACUGAGCAUGGAAAUGUAGUCAUUUAUUCUUUUGCCUUCUUCCAAAUGGUCAAAAUUCCUCGAAUAAUACACGGUUUGUUUUGGCUGUUUUAGGAUAGGGCCGUUAUUUCGAGCCCUGUUACAACUUAGAAAUUCACUUGAACUUUCAGUUACAUUCUCCUAAAAAGGUGGUUUUAAACUGCAACUGAGUGACUUUACAGUGCAUGGUAGUCAACUGUAAAGAGACUAAGUUAUCAAAGCAAGUGCAUUCUUUAUUGCACGUUAAUUUGGGUGACCUUUUAACCGGUAGCAAGUAAAUGUGAGCUUCUAUCAUUGGCUUGCUCCUGUUUUUUUAGACAAAGUUGACCACCAUGUAAAAACAAUUAUCUAUAAUGUAGUUUUUAAAAUAGACGGAAUAUUAUUUUGUAGCUAGGAGUGGAAUUAAUGGCAGAAUUUUCAACGAGCUUGUUUAUAAUAUAAUAUAAUGUUAAUCCUGAAGAAAGGAAUAUUUUUCUAUA